GGCGGCGAGCGCGCGGCAGCGGCGAGCGCGCGGCGCCCAUUCAUGAUCCAGCGCGCGGGGCCGGUGCCCGGUAAAACGGAGCCGGUGCCCGGUGAAGCGGCGCCGCCGCCGCCGCCGUCAUGGAGACAUCGGGGCAUCUGCACGACUCGGGCGUGGGGGACCUGGAGGAGGACGGCCGCUGUCCCUGCCCCUUACCGGGGGAUGAGCGGCCGCCGCCUCCCGCCGCGCUGCCGCCGCUCCAGCACAGCCUGUUGCACUCCUCGCCCGGGUCGCUGCGGGCCCCUCCUCCUCCUCCCGCCGCCCCCGCCGCCCUCCACCCUUCCUCCCGCCACGGCAGCCAGCUCAACCUCGGCGACCACCCGGCGGGCUCCGGGGCGGCGAGCGGCAAGCACCGGCAGCCCAGCCCGCUGGUGCACCGGCGGGACAGCAACCCCUUCACCGAGAUCGCCAUGAGCUCCUGCAAGUACAGCGGCGGCGUCAUGAAGCCCCUCAGCCGGCUCAGCGCAUCCCGGCGGAACCUCAUCGAGGCCGAGCCGGAGGCGCAGCCCCUGCAGCUCUUCGGUGCCGGGGCACCCCCCGAGAUCGUCGUCUCACGCGAGGACAACCACGCUCCCGCCGCCCGCUGCCCCAGCCGCCCGCCGGCUCACCCGGCCCCCGCCACCUUUGCCAAGGGGCCCAAGCGCAAGGCGCAGAACAUCGGCUACCGGCUGGGGCACCGCCGGGCGCUCUUCGAGAAGAGGAAGCGCCUCAGCGACUACGCGCUCAUCUUCGGCAUGUUCGGCAUCGUCGUCAUGGUCAUCGAGACCGAGCUCUCCUGGGGGCUCUACUCCAAGGACUCCAUGUUCUCCCUGGCCCUAAAAUGUCUUAUCAGCCUCUCCACCAUCAUCCUGCUGGGCCUCAUCAUCGCCUACCACACGCGGGAGGUGCAGCUCUUUGUGAUCGACAAUGGCGCUGACGACUGGCGGAUAGCGAUGACGUACGAGCGCAUCCUCUACAUCAGCCUGGAGAUGCUGGUUUGUGCCAUCCACCCCAUCCCCGGGGAGUACAAAUUUUUCUGGACAGCCCGCCUGGCUUUCUCCUACACGCCUUCCCGCGCAGAGGCAGACGUGGACAUCAUCCUGUCCAUCCCCAUGUUCCUGCGCCUCUACCUGAUCGCCCGUGUGAUGCUGCUGCACAGCAAGCUCUUCACCGAUGCCUCCUCACGCAGCAUUGGAGCGCUCAACAAGAUCAACUUCAACACCCGCUUUGUCAUGAAGACUCUCAUGACCAUCUGCCCUGGGACAGUGCUGCUGGUCUUCAGCAUUUCCCUGUGGAUCAUCGCUGCAUGGACGGUCCGGGUGUGCGAGAGGUACCAUGACCAGCAGGAUGUAACCAGCAACUUCCUGGGUGCCAUGUGGCUCAUCUCCAUCACCUUCCUCUCCAUCGGCUAUGGUGACAUGGUCCCACACACCUACUGCGGGAAGGGUGUAUGUCUGCUCACUGGCAUCAUGGGUGCCGGCUGCACGGCACUGGUGGUGGCUGUGGUGGCCAGGAAGCUGGAGCUCACCAAAGCUGAGAAGCACGUCCACAACUUCAUGAUGGACACGCAGCUGACGAAGCGGAUUAAGAACGCAGCAGCCAACGUCCUGCGGGAAACGUGGCUCAUCUACAAGCACACCAAGCUGCUCAAGAAGAUCGACCACGCCAAAGUCAGGAAGCACCAGAGGAAGUUCCUACAAGCCAUUCACCAGUUGCGGAGCGUGAAGAUGGAGCAGCGGAAGCUCAGUGACCAAGCCAACACCCUGGUCGACCUCUCCAAGAUGCAGAACGUGAUGUACGACCUCAUCACGGAGCUCAACGACCGCAGCGAGGACCUGGAGAAGCAGAUCAGCAGCCUGGAGUCCAAGCUGGAGCAGCUCAGCACCAGCUUCAACUCCCUGCCGCUGCUGAUGGCCGACAUGCUGCGCCAGCAGCAGCAGCGCCUGCUCGCUGCCGUGCUGGAGGCGCGGGGGGUCAGCGUGCCCGUGGGCACCCCCCAAACUCCUCUGUCCGAGAGCCCCAUCGGGGUCAGCUCCACCUCCUUCCCCACCCCUUACACGAGCUCAAGCAGCUGCUAG